AUGGAACGUUUGCAUCCAUCUGAUAUCUGGCAACAUGUUCUUCGCGGUGCCAGAUCUGACGAAGUAAACGGUUGGAGAAUUCUGGUUGCGGGCGAUCCGACAAGCACCAAUUGUGUGGCGGUAGCCCUCAUCCACAGCGAAACCCGAGAUCAGAGCAGCGAGAGGCACAUACCGUACCUCACUUUCUUUCAUGAGGGUAUAGAGGCUUUGCCUUGCAGAUGUGCCGACAUCAAUCGAUAUAUUUAUAAUGGAGUAUCAAGCAAUGGCAGUCACCGGAGCAGGAUCAAACUCCUGCAGGCGAGAGAACAGGCCCUUCAGAAAGCAGAUAACCAGGCUUUGACCGCUGCGCGCAGGUUAAAGGAUGCCGAGUUACCUGGAACAAAUAUUAUCUGGGACAACUAUCAGUCUAUAUGGUACGAUGUGCUAAGAAAACUACUCAGGCCAGAUCAGUGGCUGGCCACGGUCAGUCCCAGCCUGAUAUUGGACCCAACUUACUGGGCUCAUGAUAUCUUUGUCGAUCUUGUGUUGAGUACAUCUGGUGCCUUGACUCCCAUUCCUCAGUGGCAGUGGUCGCUACGAAAGGCUUACGAUGGAUUUGAUGAUUUUGGAGUCGCCGAAUUUGCAGGGGCUUAUUGUGGUCCAACAUCAACAAGUCAACCCGCUCUGCAAGUGAAUAUGGAGGUCUCGUCACAAGCAGAUGAUGAAGAGGGUUGCACGACAAGUAGUCCAGAUCCUAGCAUGAGACAGUCUAGAACGCAGAAGUGGGAUAAUACUAAACGAAUGGAUGCAUACUUGGCGCUGAACCGUCUUGAUUAUAUUGCAUCUGCUGUACGCAACGAAUGCGAAAAGCAUCGCGACAGGAGAAGGGAAUUGGUUCGAUGA